AAUUAAUACUUUUUACUUCACUGCAUUUUGAUACUUUUGUUAUUUUAAGUAAAUUUUAGUACUUACACACUUGUAACUUGUAAUGGAAUAUUUUUACAGUGUGGUUUUGCUACUUUUCCUUAAGUACAGAGAUUUAAGUUUAUUACUACUGAGUCAUUAAAGCGAAACUCUAACUUUUGAAACAUUAACACAUUAUUUUUCUCACUAAUAGAAAAUUAAGCUUAUAAGCAAAUUCAGUAAUAUUUCGUCUGGUAUGAUCAGGAAUAUUGUGAUGAUGCUAUAUUAAGAUAGCUAACGUUAGCUAACUUAAGCUCAGCUAACUUAAGUUAGCUAAUGUUAGCUAACUUAAGAUAGAUAUUUUAAUCUGUAAUUACCAUCACUGAGUCAGUUUGCUGAAUAUUUGAGAUACUGUUAAAUUAGGUUGUAACAUUUACCGUUAUCAUGUUAUUUACCAUAUACUUGUUGGUACAAAUGGCAGUUAACUGCUGUUUCGUGUGUCUCAGUGAGUAGUGCAAUAUCCCAGUGCAAUAACAGGACCCUGAAACUGAAGCAGCUACAUUACAUUUUGUUAUUGCAAUGCUUUUCUUAAUGUGAGAUGUGUAGAGUACAAUAAUUGCCUCUAAAGUGCAGUGACGUAGUAGUUGAAGUGGGCUAGUUGAGUAAAUAUAAUUAGUUAUGUUCCACUACUGUUUAUAUGUAAUGUCAGACUCCAGCUUAGAAACAUUCUUCCCUUCAUUACUAGAUAAGAGACAUUUCUUAUCAGAAACUGGCUCUUCUAGCGUUCUGUUAAUCUCCGUCUUAUGAGUAAAUAAUUGAAGUGAUUCACAUAAUGUUUUCCAGUGCUCUCAUUUGUUCUUUAUGACUAAAGGCAUUGCUUGUUCAGAUUUCUUCUGCAUUGUGAAAUAGCGUUGGUGGAGGAAGAACAAGAAAAAAACUUUUUUCCAGCUUGUUCCCUUGUGUGUGUGUGUGUGUGUGUGUGUGUGUCUGUAUCCUUGCCAGUUGGAAAGGCCUCUGCUUGACCUUACUGUAGUCUGAAUUAUCUCUUGCAUUCUUCACAGUCCAAACUGUAUUGCAACACACAAUCAUAUUCCCCACAGAUAUGAUCACAUGUCGCAAUACAAUUUUCUUAAAAUCACAUCUUCAAUGGCUUCAUGUCCACUGUUCUCACAGUCUGAGAUAGUAUAAAGUGAAGUAUUUUAGUAGGUGUGUGCGUGCAUGCACUUGGGCGUUUGUGCCUCUCUCUCUCUGUCUUGUCUGAAAACUUGCUCAGAUUGAACCCAUUCAGAGGAAAGCAUACUUAUGACACUGUAUUAAAGAGUAAGCAGAGUCAAUAGGUCUUCAGUCAGCUGUACAGUGUUUUGAUUUCACCACUUUAUUCUAACAUCAGGAAUUUCUGGUUAAUAAACUUCCUCUCAUGGAAGAGUGCAGGUGAUGACGGAGUUUUAUGAAAACUGGGGCAAAACCUCAGGAUGAGGUCAUUGCGUUUUGCAGGGUAAACUUUUUCCUCAGAUAGAUUUUGCACUCUAGGUUAACUUUCUUCUUCCUUAUUUUAAUGCUGAGAGAGUUUUCUAGAAAAGGUUGUAAUUUCUGUCUAUUAGAGCUACAUUUUAGGCCCAACACGGAUAUUCCUCACUGAGUAUAAACAGCUCUGGAUGAUCACAGAGCAUUAGAAAGUGUACCUUGACUAAACUGGAAGUAAAAUAUACUGCAACAUUAAGCAAUUGACAGUGAACAGAGGAGGAGGUGAAGGAGGAUGGUGGGGAGAGGCAAAGAAAACACCAAAUCUUUAAAAAGGUUAUAAUUCUGUCAUCUGCUCAAACAAUUCUCCCCAAUCUGUGUGAGCUCCUCUGUGGCCCCCUUGCCUGCCAUAACUUCUUCUCCAGAAAGGAGAGAGCGAGCUUAGGAACACACCGAGGAAAGAAUGACAGAGGCGAGAUGGAAAGCAAAGAUCCAUUCCCAAUCAAAACAAGUCCCGGACUGAAAAAGAAUUUAUGUUCAACUCCUACUUGUUUUCAUUUUGUUUGAAUUCCUCCCCUCUCUCUCUCUGAUGAUUAGUGGUGUUUGGUUUUGUUAACGCACACAUACAGACACACACACACACACACAAUCCCUAUCCUCCCCCCUUUUGCCCCUUCCUCGUCCACCUCCUUUUCCUCCUCCUCUUCUGGAAUUCAAUGUCCUCGGAGUCACUCCUCUCUCCUGCUGUUCUGCUCUGUGGUGAGUCUGCAGGGUAAACGCUUUCCGCCGAGGAAUUCGACAGGAGCUGCAGACGAAAAGGAGCUGUCUCCGGCUUCUUUCUCUAACCAGGAGGUGCAAACGCUGCAGUCUUAGGCCUCACCUGCCCUCCCUCCUCCUCCUCCUCCUCCUCCUCCUCCCCCAUCUCCUGUCUGAGCCCUGCACCUGUUCUGACUCGUCCACCAGGUGAAGGGGAUCCUCUGGCCACGCUGUUUUUUCAGCUGACCGUAGCUGCAGGGCAAUUAGGCACCCAGUCUUUUCAUUUGAGUGGAUUGCUGCUUUGCUGUGUAUCUCCCUCUGUCGCUCUCUAACCCACCUCCCUUCCCUCCCCGUCUAUCCCUACCCCCCUCCCACUCCAUCUCUGUCUAGCCCAGGCUUCGGGUGUGUGUGGAGCUGCAGAAGUCUCCCUGCUGGAGUAAAAGUGUGGAUCACAUGGAAAGGACACAGGGGAAGAAAGGGUGAUACAUAAUUCUUCUGGUGGAUACACGCCACACGUCGAAACAGGAUUGAGCACUGGACGGGGUGUGAUAAAAACUCCAGAGGAAAAAAACAAAAAACAGAGCAAACCAAAGGAUUCUGCAGUUGGAAGAGCAGAAGAUAUGAAAAGCCAGACUGUGGUUAUGUCUGUGGGUCUGCUGGGCUUGUGCUGCCUGCUGCUGAUCCCCACAGGAGGGGAGAGUGCUGGGGGGAUCGUUUCUCUCCGGCAGAGUGAAGGAGAGAGACAGGCGGGGGAUCUGCUACGAGAUGAGUCCCUGGAUGACCCAGAAAGUGAGCAGGGACUUGUAGUGGACCCACACCCACUGGGAAGCAGCAGCAAGGCCAAAAGAGACACAGAGAAGGCUGCACAGGCAGGUAUUUUGGGCAGAGUGAGGAGAGCACCAGAUGAAGGCAAAAAGAAGAAGAAAGACAAGAAGAAGAACAAAGAGCCUAAGGACCCCAAUGCCACCAAAAAGCCCAAAACUGACAAGAAGGGAAAGAAGAAGGACAAGAAGACAACCACCACCCUUCCACCCAUCACAACAGCGAUCCCAACUGAACCACCCACAGAACCUGAACCAUACACAGACUACCCCUACCCAGACGUUGACGACGAUUACUGGAAGGGGGAUGAUGACUACUGGGACGCUGAGCCUACACCAUCCAGUCCUCAGCCUGAGACUCCGAUCACAGAUCUCCCGUACGACUACUGGAGGCCGGAGGAGGAGGACACUGCUGCUGUAACAGAUGUGUAUGAUGACUACUGGAAACCAGAUGAGAAAGAGCCUGAUGCUCCAGUGACUGAUAUCUACGAUGACUACUGGAAGCCAGAUGAGAAAGAGCCAUACGCCCCCGUGACUGAUAACUAUGACAGCUACUGGAAAGAGGAGGACCCGACGCCCCCUACCCCUGAGGUGGAUGGGAAGGCUGGGACAGAUGACAAGGAUUACUGGGAUGCCACAUAUGAGGUGCCAGAUAACCUUCCAUUCCCUGAUGGUGAAGAAAUAAAAGUAGAAACUCUACCAGAGGAGCCCACAAUCUCUUCUCCCUAUGAGGGGACAUGGUAUGAUGAUUACGACGAGUACGGAAUGAGGAGGAAAGAGGACGAGACGGAUGAAAAAUGGAUGGAGAGAGAGAGGGAGAGAGCAGCAAAAGAGAGAGAGAGGGAGGAGAAAGAGAGAGCACAGAAACUGAAGGAGGCGGAGGAUCGGGCCAGGAACAGACCACGUGUCUUCAAAGAGCCAAAGAAGUGUCCUCCCUUGGGGAUGGAGUCCCAUAAGAUCGAGCCAGACCAGCUUACUGCCUCCUCUAUAGCUCAGUAUAAUUUUGCACCUCAGAGGGCACGCCUCAACAUGCAGGCCUCUGAAGAUGAGGACAACAUGAGAGGUGGAGCGUGGUGCGCAAACGCAGAGGACAGAACCCACUGGUUUGAGAUUGAUGCGCGCAGGGCAACGGAGUUCACUGGGGUUGUCACCCAGGGACGAGACGCCUUGAACGCGAGCGACUACGUGACAUCCUACUUCCUGGCUUUCAGCAAUGACAGUAGAGAGUGGACCACCAUCCACGAUGGAUACGCUGACUGGUUGUUCUUUGGAAACAGUGAUAAGGACACUCCAGUGAUGAACCAGCUGGCAACGCCUGUGGUGGCCCGCUACAUCCGAAUCGUCCCUCAGAGCUGGAACGGCACGCUGUGUAUGAGGCUGGAGGUGCUAGGCUGCCCCCUGCCUGAUCCAGCUAAUGUUCAGUACAGGCAAAAUGAAGUGACUCCAGUGGACUACUUGGAGUUCAAACAUCACAGCUACUCAGAAAUGGUUGCGCUAAUGAAGUCAGUGAAUGACGAGUGUCCCAACAUCACCAGCAUCUACAGCCUGGGCCGCAGCUCCAAGGGACUGGACAUCAUGGCCAUGGUCAUCUCUGGUAACCCCACAGAGCACGAAAUAGGUGAGCCGGAAUUCCGCUUCACGGCAGGUCUCCAUGGAAAUGAGGCGGUGGGCCGCGAGAUGAUCCUGCUUCUCAUGCAAUACCUGUGCAAAGAGUACAAAGACAGAAACCCCAGAGCCCAGCGUUUGGUGGAACAAAUACGCAUCCACUUGGUGCCUUCGCUCAACCCUGAUGGACAUGAAGAAGCAUUUGAAGCGGGAUCAGAGCUGAGUGGAUGGACCACCGGCCACUUCACCGACAACGGUUUUGAUAUCUUCCAGAACUUCCCUGAUCUGAACAGCAUCCUGUGGGACGCAGAAGACAAGGGCAUGGUGCCCAAACUAACCCCUAACCAUCAUGUACCCAUACCAGAGAACUUCGAGUCCAAAAGCUCAAUUGCUGUGGAAACCAGGGCCAUAAUCUCCUGGAUGGAAAGCCAUCCAUUUGUGUUGGGUGCAAACUUCCAGGGCGGCGAGAGAGUUGUGGCCUACCCUUAUGACAGUUUACGUCUCAACAAGCCUGCCGAGAGCCAGAGGCCCCACGGCCGCAAGAAGAGACAGUAUGAAGAAGAGGGCUUUGACGCGACAGAGUGGGGAAGGGGCUACCGCGAGGAGCCAGAGGAAGACUGGAGAGGGAGGGGAUAUGGAGAACCCGAGGAGGAGUGGAGGGGCCACGGCUAUGACCAUGGCUAUGACCAUGGCUACGACCGAGGCUACGACCGCGGCUAUGACCGAAACUAUGACCGAAGCUAUGACCGCGGCUAUGACCACGGUUAUGGCCAUGGCAAUGACCACGGUUAUGGCCAUGGCAAUGACCACGGUUACGGCCAUGGCAACGAGCACGGUUACGAACAGGGUUACGGCCACAGAGAGGAGGAGGAGGAUGACAGAGGAAGAGGUGCCGGCCACCACUAUGCUGAGCCUGAGGAUGAGCCACGGGCGAUUGCAGAUGAGUCCCUCUUCAGGUGGCUGGCUGUCUCCUAUGCCUCCACACACCUGACCAUGACACACAACUAUCACGGCUCCUGCCACGGAGACACUGCAGCAGGCGGGCACGGCAUCGUCAACCGCGCCAAGUGGAAGCCGGUCACAGGAAGUAUGAAUGAUUUCAGCUACCUGCACACCAACUGUUUUGAGUUGUCCAUAUUCCUGGGCUGUGAUAAGUUCCCUCAUCAGAGUGAGCUGGCAUACGAGUGGGAGAAGAACAGAGAAGCAAUGCUCAUCUUCAUGGAGCAGGUACAUCGUGGCAUCAGAGGCAUUGUGAAGGAUCAGCAGGGGAACCCCAUUGCAAACGCCACUAUAGCUGUAGAGGGGGUAAACCAUGACGUCACCACAGCUUCAACAGGGGACUACUGGCGGCUGCUGAAUCCAGGGGAGUACCGUGUGACGGCGCGAGCUGAGGGCUUCUCCCCUGUGACCAAGCUCUGUGUGGUGGGUUACCAGUCAGGAGCGACUGCCUGCAGCUUCAACCUGGCCAAAUCCAACUGGGACCGCAUUAAACAGAUCAUGGCCCUCCACGGCAACAAGCCGAUUCGCCUGGUCGGCCAUGGCAACACCAGAGUACAAUACCCCGUGGUUAUUAACAGCAACAGACGUGUGGUUAAUGGCAACAAUGGGUAUUCAGAGAAUUCACGACUCAGCAGUGACCGGCAGAGGAGGCUCAGAAUAGCUCGUCUCCGCCGCCUUCGGCAACAGAAAUUACUGAGGUUAAGAUCGACGACAACGUUACCCCCAACGACAACAACCACGAUUCCCACAACACCAGAGACCACCACGUCCUGGUACGACUCAUGGCCCAUAGACGAGGGAGAGACCUCGACACCUGGCGAGUUCACAGACUCCAUCCAGGAUUAUAACUAUGAGUUUAAAAUCGAUGACUAUUAAACCGAACACACACGGCCUGUUUCUGUAAACACGCAUCCAUCCUGUCCUACUUGUAGUUGUCAUCUCAUUGCCAUGUUUUCCUUUGAGCAGGUUGAAAAAGAAUCAAGAGGAAUCUUGUCUUUGUAUGACAUAGAAGCAGUGGGAAUGUUCAGAGUCAGCUCCUAAACUUUAACUAUAUUAACUGUAAAGUGUAUCUAUUUCUUAACACUUGAAGAAACACCUUUUCACAGGACCUUUUAAUUAAUGGUUUCAUUUCAGUUCAACAGUUCACACUGCAUUUUUCUGACUCGUUAUUCAGUCUUUUUUAAAGAGAUGUUUAUUGUGGAUAAAAAAAAAAAUCAUGACCUUUCUUUUUUUUUUUUUUACUUUGCCAGAGUUGAAUUAUUUACAAUCUUCAUCCAUGACAGAAAUAUUUUUUACAGUAUGAACCGUCACGAAAGGUUUAAAGAGCAUUUGUUCAAAGUUGGUAACAGAGUCAGAAGGGAAAAGGAAGUCUUCUGUAAUGUUUCCUCAGACACAGCUGGGGUAUGAGAGUUAUUUUUCAAAUAAAGGCUUGUUAAUAUACAA